GCUGUUAAUGGAUUAGUAUCCAGUAAAUUGCCCUCCAUAGCGCCUACCUUGAUGUUAACUGACUAUGACGGCUUCCCUUCUGGUGAUCCUUUGCGGAAUUACGGUGAUAUCAGCGAAUCCCUGUGAUCAAUACAUGGCUCUGCCGUUCGCAGAUCUACGCUUUGUCAACAAUAAACUCCAUCCUGCUGAUAUUCCAGUUGACGAUUUACAUCUACAAGAGGGAUGGUACAGAGUUGGAGAUGAAGAUAUGCCAACGAAGCAACCAGAGCCAAUGUCUUGUGGCACAAAGAUACCGCUUUGGUUGAAAGGUACAAUUCCAACUCCAGAAGAAUUGAUAGUAACAAGAACAGCUGGAAUUGGAGGAUAUGCUGGUUCAUAUUCUAUAAAGAUAAAGAACUGUGGUUUGUUCAGAGUGUACUAUCUUGUGCCAACUUCAGGGAUAGAGGAAGGAUACUGCUUUGGAGAAGGAGAAAAUGGUCCGAGGCCGGACUACAAAGUGCCAUUAGGGAUGAAAGUCGCUAUAACACUUCGGCGUGACGAUUUCUCAAGUGUUUACACAGCAGGAUGUAUAUUCCAUGAGAGCAGCAAUGAGCCUUUACUGUACCAAGUAACUUGGUACGUCGAUGGGAAAUUUCUGAUGUCCUUGCCCGCACAACGAUACCAACAUAUUGAUAAGAUAGAGCUGGACGAAAACAACUUGAAGUACAUGGGCAGACGGGUCUCCUGUUCAGUCAGGGCUCGCUAUUCGCCAAAAGGACCACCGGGGAUAUCGACCACAAGUCCAGAUUUUUUUAUGGGGAUCGAGGUAAUUUCUACCGUUGUCGACGUGACACGAGAGGAAGGCGGAACCAUACGUUUUCGUCCGACUGUACCAAUAGGGUGUACACCACCAUCUGCUACGAGUUGUAAAUUACGCAUUGUCAUGCAGACACUUAACGAAGACGCAUGUGAUUCAUUGGGUGUUCUAGGAAAUUCAGAUUGUGGGGUUGAAGUGGAAACAAGUGAUUGGAACAGGGAAUUUGAAAUAGCAGUUGUCGCAAAUGUACCAGACGUAUAUGAAUACAGGAAAGUGUUUGAAGUUAAGCUGUCCACGUUGGAACAGUACCGACACCACCUUGUCUGGUCUCGAUAUCAACUUCCACCGAUUAGGGUCAAUGUCGUAGACAAAACCGUACCUCUAGCAAACAAGAUUUGCUAUGCACAAAACGAUCCACAUCUGAAGACAUUCGAUGGGAGAACAUACGACAUACAUAACAAAGGCACUUUUGUCCUCUACCGCAGUAAGAAACAUUCUAUACAGGUUCAGUCGUACUUCCAGUCGUGUAAUGGAGGGUACCCUCAUUGUGUAUGUGGGGUUGCCGUGCAAGCCGGUCGUGAUGUCUUUGUCUUUGAUAGAUGUAAUGGCUUUUACGACUAUCAAUUUUGUUUGGAUGGAAUCUUAGACGUCCGACGUGAUCCAAAGAGCAGCCGAAAAUACAGGAUAUAUACCCCGACUGGUACCAUGAUCGAAGUCAGCGAUCACAACUGUUGUGGUGGUAGCUUUGUAACAGUUUCUGUACGACCAUCGAAAAGGGACAUUGAUGCAUCCGAAGGACUUUGUGGAACACUCAACAUGAAUCAUCAAGAUGAUUUCUUGAAAAGCGAUGGCAAACUUGCAACCGACGCAAAUACUUUUUCAAUGUCGUGGAGAAUAGAUCGUGCUGGCGAGGCAGAUCUCUUCAGUAGAACAUUAAACCAUAACAAACUUCAAAAAUGGGGACAACAAAAUGAACUUUGUUCAUGUGAAUAUAACCGGACUAUUGAGAUCCCUGUGAGUCCUAAAGUUGUAUGUAAAAGUAACUUGGUGUCUGACUGCAUGCAAAAUGCAAGAUUGGAAAAACGAAUUGAUACCUGUAAAGUACACACUGUUCUCAGAGGAAAACGUAGUUUGCGUUCUAUCAACGACGGCCAGCGUCGACGAGAUACAUACCUCCUAAAUUUGAAAAAGCGUUCGACUAAUCGUGUAAACAUGGAUAAACAACAAGCAGUACAAUAUUGCACCGAUUCGCUCACAAAGUCAGCUGCUUUUAACCUUUGUGGUACCGUUCCUAAUGUCAAUAUCAGUGAUUCAAUCAACAUUUGUGCUUUGGAUAUAUUGUUGACUAACACAACAGACUGGACGGAUUCUUCGCGGGAAGGUUUAAAAGAUUCCUGUUUGAUGGAGCUACAAAUGAACACCACUUUGCAGGAGAAGGGUCCUGGUGAUACACCGUCUCUUGCUGAAAAAAUCUCAGAGAUAUCGUGUCCAGGGGAGUGUUCAGGUCUUGGAACGUGCAAUCAAGGUGAAUGCCAGUGUCCUGAGGGGUUUGGAGGAUCCGACUGCGCAAUAGACCUAAGCAUACCACCUUUCUUUGAUGCCCUGAUGGAUGAAGGAUUAUGUGACAAACAACACUGGGUUUGUGACGCAGCCUUAGCGUUGGGGAACGACUUCGUUACUGCUGACUUGCUCAAGUGCAACAUGAAGUCAUUUUCGAUCGAUAAAACAGGGAAGGUAUCUGAAGAAGAGGACCAAGUGGUUACAGCCGAUAUUCAGACAAUGACGAGUCUAUUCUGUCCAUUUCCUUCUCAUAGACAUAAACGUGACACAGAACAACUAUCGGAAACUUUUGUGGCAGGGUACCAUGUUUCUCUCAGCAAUGACGGAUUACAUUUUGGGGAGAGUCGAAAGUUGUACAUAUUUGACGCGACAUGUCAAAUACCUGUGGCGGUGGGCAAUUCUUAUGAAUUUACCCUGAAGAGCGGUUAUUGCUUCAUCAACAAUGAGUGUAAGAAAGACGGAGAGGUCAACCCACACAAUGAUUGUCAUGUCUGUGAUACAACAAACGAUUCUUACAGCUGGUCUUUGAGGAAAGAAAUUACGAAGUGUGUUCCUGUAAAGACUGUCACUGAGGAACCCAGUUCGUACUUGUGGGUGAUAGGGCUAGUUGCUGGACUUCUUGUGGCAGGCAUUAUAAUUGGUGUUAUUCUUUGGAAAAGGAGGACCAAAGGGGUAACCGAACGUUCCAAGAACAUGAGGCAAUCACCGUCGGACAAUAAGGAUUCAACUCAAGAAAUGAAAAUGCUAGCGUGAAUAACAUUGCUGCUGGGAUGACAUGCAGGUGCUAUAUUGGUUGAUGUUAAGUUGAUCUUGAUGACAGGGAACUAAUCACAGAACACCAAUUAAAUGCUGCUGAUGCUGGAAUUAUGUUCUAUAUAUGUGGCUAUGCUGUAGGUAUAUUGUAUUCUAAGUUAUCAAAUUUCUAUUUGGGGCCAAAAGGGGUCAUAUAAGACUCCAUAUAAGGUAGAAUCACACGCGUGGAUGGAAGGUUUUGAAAGUGUUUUACGAAACUUUUUAAUUUGAUGAGCUCAGUUUCUCUCAUUUCGCCCUUGAGAGAGGAUAUACCAGAUUUAUAUUGAAAUACAUGUUUUAGCUUAUAUUUUUAUCCAGUGUUAGAUGUUACUCUGUUAAUCAUGUUACAAUAACACCAGAACAAUAACAGGAUUUUUAGGACCCACAUAGCCGUUAAAGCCCUAGGGUCGUUUGUCAUUGGAAUAGAAGUUGCUUUAUAAGUGUAUUUUUUGUUUGCAAUAGUUGUUGAACUGUAUCUAUCUUUCGUUUCAUUUAAACAUAUUUCAUGCAUCUGCAUACGAUAUAUUGCAUUUUUCUAUAAACAUACUGCUUGCCUUUAAUAUCAGCUAAUAUUUUUUUUAUUAUUUUUGCGUGUUUAUGUAGGCAAUUCAUUUAAAUUACCUGCUUUUACGUGUCAUGAAAUGUCAUAUAUUGCUUCAGCAAUCUCGUUACCUUUAACGAUCUUUUUUAAGAUGCCUGGCAUAUGUCUUUUGCAAUAAAUAAAAUAAAAUGAAAUUGAUAUCA